CAGUUCAGUGUUGUGGAGGAGGAGCAGCAGGAGGAGGAGGACGCAGCGGAGCGGCAGAGCGGAGCAGAAGUGCCUUCACCUCGGCGGAGGAGGAUGAGUCCUGAGCGCGGGGCAGAGCUCCAGCUGGAUGGAGAAGAACUCUCACUCAGCUAACGCUAACUUCACCCGAAAUACAUUAAUAGGCAUUAUAACACUGCACACACACACACACACACACACACACACACAGUCGGCCUUUAAUCCAACAUUAAUCACUGUAACCGGAGGGUGUGAGAUCUAACCCACGAUGGUGCAGCAGUAUCAAUCCCCCGUCCGGGUCUAUAAGCACCCCUUCGAGCUGGUCAUGGCGGCGUACGAGAGGAGGUUCCCUACGUGCCACCUGAUCCCCAUGUUCGUGGACAGCGAUGUCCUCAGCGAGGAAACGAGUGAGGACAACUCCACGCACAGAAUCGAGAGGCGGUGCAAGCUGGACGUCGACGCCCCCCGACUCCUUAAAAGGAUCGCCGGCGUGGAUUACAUCUACUUCAUCCAGAAGAACACGCUGAACCGCCGCGAGAGGACGCUGCACAUCGAGUCCCACAACGAGACCUUCUCCAGCCGCGUCAUCAUCCACGAGCUCUGCUGCUACUCGGUUCACCCCGAGAACGAGGACUGGACGUGUUUCGAGCAGUCGGCCAGCCUGGACAUUAAAUCCUUCUUCGGUUUCGAGAGCACCGUGGAGAAGAUCGCCAUGAAGCAGUACGCCAACAGCAUCAAAAAGGGUAAAGAGAUCAUCGAGUUCUACCUGCGCGAGCUGGAUGACGAGGGCAUCACCCACGUGCCCCGCUGGAGCCCCAGCACCUGCCUCGCUCAGCCCAUCAUAGCGGUCACGCCCCCGGCCCCUCCCACGACGGCCCCCAUCGCCAUCAACGCCCCAACGGACAGCAGCAAAGACGCGGCAGGGUGCAAAGAAAGUGGCAGUCCAGGGGGCGGAGCCAACGAGCCGCUCGCCGCCACGCCCGAUGACAAACUGGACGCUGACUACAUCAACCGUUACCUGGGUGACCUCACACCUCUGCAGGAAAGCUGCCUCAUCCGCCUCCGCAGCUGGCUGCAGGAAACACACAAGGGCAAGAUCCCGAAGGACCAGCACAUCCUGCGCUUCCUGCGAGCGCGAGACUUCAACAUGGACAAAGCGCGAGAGAUCCUGUGUCAGUCCCUCACCUGGAGGAAGCAGCACCAAGUGGACUACCUGCUGGACACCUGGAGCUCACCGCAGGUCCUCCACGACUACUACACUGGGGGGUGGCACCAUCACGACCGCGAUGGCCGCCCUCUCUACAUCCUGCGUCUGGGACAGAUGGACACUAAAGGUCUGGUUCGUGCUUUGGGGGAGGAGUCACUGCUCAGACACGUUCUAUCCAUUAAUGAGGAGGGACUGAGGAGGUGUGAGGAGAACACCAAGGUCUUCGGGCGCCCGAUCAGUUGUUGGACGUGUCUGGUGGACCUGGAGGGCUUGAACAUGAGACACUUGUGGCGUCCCGGCGUCAAAGCUCUGCUGCGCAUCAUCGAGGUGGUGGAGGCGAAUUACCCAGAAACCCUCGGGCGUCUGCUCAUCCUGCGCGCUCCCCGGGUCUUCCCUGUACUCUGGACCCUGGUGAGUCCGUUCAUCGACGAGAACACGCGGAAGAAGUUCCUGAUCUACGCCGGGAACGACUACCAGGGUCCCGGCGGUCUGGUGGAUUACAUCGACAAGGAGGUCAUCCCCGACUUCCUGGGGGGAGAGUGCAUGUGCGAGGUUCCCGAGGGCGGCCUGGUUCCCAAAUCCCUGUACAGAACCCCCGAGGAACUGGAGAACGACGACAUCAAACUGUGGACGGAAACCAUCUACCAGAGCGCCAGCGUCUUCAAAGGCGCGCCGCACGAGCUGCUGAUCGAGAUCAUCGACGCCUCGUCCGUGAUCACAUGGGACUUCGACGUGUGUAAAGGAGACGUGGUCUUUAACAUCUACCACUCCAAGCGGGCUCCCCAGGCGCCCAGGAAGGAGGCGCUGGCGUCUCACGGCAUCACGUCGCCCGGGGGCAACAACGUGCAGCUCAUCGACAAGUCGUGGCAGCUGGGGCAGGAUUACAGCAUGGUGGAGUCCCCGCUCACCUGUAAAGAGGGAGAGAGCGUGCAGGGUUCUCACGUGACGCGCUGGCCUGGGUUCUACAUCCUGCAGUGGCGGUUCCACUCCAUGCCUGCGUGCGCCACCACCAACCUGCCGCGCGUAGACGACGUGUUAGCCACGCUGCAGGUCUCCUCCCACAAGUGUAAAGUCAUGUACUACACCGAGGUCCUGGGCUCCGAGGACUUCAGAACGGCUUGCUGCGAUGUGCAGAGUUUGGGUUCGAUGACGAGCCUGGAGUCGAGUCACAGCGGAUUCUCUCAGCUCAGCGCCGCCACCACUUCCUCCAGCCAAUCACAGUCCAGCUCCAUGAUCUCCAGGUAGAGCCAGGAGACACGGGGCGGAGGAGGAGGGGUGUGGUCAGGAGAUGGAAGACAGGGGGCGGGGUCAGGCGAUGUAUUACAAAGAAGAAUAUUUACCCCACAUGUUUGAGGAUAGAGCUGUGGUGUUAAAGGGCUUUGAUCUGCGUCGCCAUGGCGACGGGCUGAGCUGCCGGUCAGUUCACUGGGCACUUCCUGUUUCCUCCCUUUCAUUUUCAACGUCUGACGGACCGAGCAAUACGAGUUCCGUCCAACCUGAGAAAACAGGACGAGCUGUUACACACACACACAUGCACACAUGCACACACACAAAGUGCACAGGAAUACUGUAUUCAAUUUUAAAUUUUUUUGCACCAUAUCGCUGACGGUUUCAGCAUUUAUAGGUCAAAGGUCAGGUUUGUAAAAGUGUCGGAGCAUCCACAUCAAGCAAUAACCGUUUCUAUUCGUAUAUUUAUCAUAAGCGUGUCACGUGUCUUGACGACGUAUAAGGGUGCUCCGUGCUCGAUUAGCUACCUGCUUGCUUAAUUCUUUUUUUUUUCCCUUUCCUCCGUGCAAUUACUUUAGAAUAACAAUUCCUCCGUGAUGCUUUAGUCCAGUUUCUGAAACUUGCGAUCCGAUUCGUUCCUAUGCAUCGAAAAGAAUGAAAAAAAAAUUAAUAAAUAAACAAAGCGAGGGCUACUUUUUCAUGUUUUAUAGGUCAAUAAUAAAAUAAGAUGAAUUAGAUUUGGUGUGGGUUUGUACUUAAGGCAUUUUAUCGGGAAUCAAGCCUAACUUGCAUGUUAGCGUUAGAACUAGACUAAAGUUAGCAAUGAAAUAGAUCUUGUAUGUAAAAUAAAAUAAAGUAACAAAAACACAAUUUAAAGCAUGAAAAGUGUCGGAGACGACAACCUGAGUAGUGCAAAAGAUUUCUAAAAAUUUGUUGGACGUCCAAAAAUGCCAUGAAUUUCUACUUUAAUUUUUUGCAAACAAACACAGAACCACAAUUGUUUUUCAAUUUCAAGCCACUCGCAAAAGAAAGAGCCAUGAGUUUUAAAUCAUUUUCUGCUAAUUUUGCUUCACUUGUCCAAAAAAAAACAACUUGGUAAUUAUACAACAGCUGCCUGACAGCUAGCCGUCUUUCACUUUAUUUGGGAAAAUGAAUAAAUUUGCGUUAAUUUUCUGCUGCCCGGCUAUCAUCUAAAUCAUCUGAUGCUAGCUAGCAAACCGCAACGCUCCAUAGCAAGCGGAUUAACUUUACACUUGUACAGGGCAUUAGGGGUCAUUUUAAUAUUUGCGAGAACACCGUGGCCUUUCUGGACGUCCGAUUAAAGUAGGUCAUGAUGUUACAAGUGACGGCUUUUCAGGUUAGUUUAUUUCUAGAUUUGUUAAAGUUUUUUUUUUUUUUUUGGAGAACAUGUUUAAAAAUAUCAGAAAAUUGUAAACGUUUUACUGCGUGUGAUCAGGUCAGGGUGUGUGGUGUGUAAAUAAGUGUGUAAUAUUCUUAUCAUUAUUGUUAUUAUUUAACUCAUCUCCAUUACAUUAACUUGGCCGUCGGUCAGAUAACGUUUACUUCACUCACUCACGACACGCCUGUGCAGGUGAGCGACAAGGUCACGAGCGGAGCCAAGGGGAACACGAGAGAGUGAGAAAGAGGCUGGAGAUUCAUAGUGAUGCUCGCUCGACCAUUUAGUGAAGACCCAAGUCGGAGUGCACACUUGAUAAGGAGACUAGAUUGUUAGUUGUAAAGUUUUAUCUCUAUUAGGUCGCGGCUUAUAACAUCGAGAACGUUUGAAGAAGCCGUAGUUUAGGAAAGUCAAGAAAAUGUGGGCUGUUUCAAGGUCAUGGGUCGUAGGUCAUGUCACGUGUGCGAGUGUGGACCAGUCUGAGUCUAAAUUGUUCCAAAUCAGAAUUGAAAAAGAAAUCCAGUGGUUUAUUUUUUAAAUCAGAUCUAAAAAAGAGAGAGAGAGCACAAUAUACUGUAAUCUAAAGCUCGCUCGACCAUUUAUCAGUAACUCCACGGUGCUUUCGAACAGAGUGAUAACGUUAACGUCAGUGAUGGUGAGGUUUAAUUCUGUAGCGCACGUCAGCGUCACCACCGGCCGUUCACUUAGACGUCGCGACUUUAGACUUGAGAGAGAGAGAGAGAGGACGUGCCGCGCUUUACAUACAGGAUGUCGUUACAGGACCACUCCGGAUUUCAGGCCGCGCUCCAAAUCUCUUAAGAACAAACCAGAAACCUCGGUGAGUCGUGGUGCGCGCAAGUUAAACACAUACGAGUGCUAGCGUGUGUCUGAUGGAGGAUCGUGAGGGGCGUUUUUAUAAAAACAAAUGUUUCAUAUAGUGAUAUAACGUAUAUUUUUACAUUUUAUGUCUCGUCCACAUGAUGGAACCAAGCACAGAGUCAUCGGAGAGACCAACGUGUCGCAUUUUAAGCAUUUUGAAAAUGUAGUGAUUGUAUUUGUGCUUUUUUUUUUGUCCUUGAUGGGAAUCAAAUCAAGAUUCGGAAAACAUUUACUUUAAAAAACAUGGCGCUCCAGUUUAAUGUAAAAGUAACAAACGUGUUUUGGAUCGUGUGGCACAUUUACAGAAAAAGUAAAGGCUUUAAAGAGCGCACGCGGAACUCUGCAGGAAGCGUGUCAUGUUUUUCUCGGAGUGUUUGUUUCUUCAUCUGUUACUGCCGGUGCAGCAUGCUACUAAUGCUAAACGCUAGCCAUUUCCUGGAUGUUGAGAUGUGCACAAGACGUCCGUUCUCUCCUCAGCAGUUUACAGCGACGCAACGGACUCGACAAUCUCAUCUCCUCUUAUCUCAACUCAACGCCGGAGUCGCGUGUGUUCACGUUUGUUCUUGUGUAAACUACCAACCCAGGGCUAACGCGAGCGGAGAAACAGGACUGCACGGGCAUCAAAUCGUGGCUCCGCCUCUUUUUUACUAAACAACGACAUUGAUUUAGAGUUUACAGAUGUUACAAAGCAGCUCCGAGGCGCCAACAUCACUAACGAACGGAAUUUUACCACAAGUGAAGCGACGUGCUUCAACUGUGUGGUAAAAGUAAUGCAAUUUUUGACAGAUGAAGGACUUCUCAGCCCCGCCCGCUUUUUAAAAACUGCCUGACAAAACUGACUUGUGUAAAUUUUCCAAGUCUUGUUUUUACAAGCUGUGUGUUAUCACAUCAAAACAAAUCAGAUUUUUUUAAUAGUUUCAGGUGCCUCGCGUAUCGUCAUAGCAACAAAAUCUCAUUAGCUUAACUUGUGGGCGUGGCCUGCUGCUAUGCCACGCUCAACGAACUGCCUGGAUUGUUCGUUUAAAUGCAUUAAUGUUAAACUGUUAAAACUAUUAAUGCUUCACGUGUUCUCGUUACAGCGAUCAGUAGUUUUCCCAAACUGAUUUAUAAACCUGAUCAGGGUCACAUGGUGCAUUUUCACACCAGCCAAUCGGAGCGUCUCGUUCCGGCUCGUCAUAGCACACGUGUCGCACAACUUGGAACUUAACCGCAUGACAUCAUCAUCAUGCGGCUUUUAUGGUGCGUUUACAGCUGCUUUCACACUCCGGCUGACAUCAUGCCAACUCUGUUACCAUAGCAACGCUCUGACCUAACCCAAGGUAGCCGAUCAGAUAUUUGGUGGAAGAUGGCUUUCGUGUUACAUUUAUUAUUUAUUUAAUAUAAUUUUUUUUCUCGAAGAAAUUCAGAUGUUUCUGUUGAAGUAUUUAUUAGUUUUUUUUUAACAUUCUAAAAAACAAAAUGUUCCUUCUCUGUACCGUUUGUUCAUGAUCCGAUUGGUCGAUAAAAAGCAGCUCACGCGUCCUUGAAAAAGUGUGUUUAUGAGCCGAGUGUGUGAAAGCAGCCUGCAGCGUGUAAAGCAGUAACGAAAGUUAAAGAGACUGUAAGAAGUCGAAUCUGAGUUCUGCUCUAAACUCCUGGUCCUGGAGCCACGUCAUCAGAGAGAAGCUCGAUCGCUCGCUCGCUCUCAGGUCCUGUUUCUCGCGCUCUGCCGUUCGCCAUACAAGGGGUGUGUGUUUGUUUGUUACAGAUGUCUAUAGAUAGAUAUUAUUAAUGUAACCAAGUUUUUUAAGUUUGUGUUUUGUUUUUGUUUCAUAAUCGUCUGUUUGUCAUCCGCACACGACGAACUCCGCGUUCAUGCACACUGCAUAUCUUUUUCGGAUGAAAUGAUGACUGUGUAUAAAAAUAAUAAUAAUAAUAAUAAUAAAAAUAGAGAUUAAUAUACGA